UGAAACACUUGUUCUACUCUAAACCAAACUUGCUCGGCUUCUGGUUUUUGUUUUUUGUGUUUUUUCCGUCUCUAACAUGUUACCAGCAACUGUGUAUAUGAAUUAUCGGCGGUUGCUUGAGACACAAGUGAGCAUGGCAGUAGCACCAGCAAGUGGGAACAAAACUCAUGACCAUAAUUCCUACAUUAGCCAGACCAAGCAGGUGGUGGUUCUUUUAUGUGUCGUGAUGUUUGCCAUGGGGUUGAACUCAAUAGUCCAAUUCGUGCUACGUUGCAGACGUAGGGAGAGUCCGGCGACCACGACCGGACUCAAAAAACGAGAUUUGGAACGAAUUCCAGUGGCUGUUUAUGGGACAGGCGUGAGGUUUACGUCCGGCGAGUGUCCCAUUUGCCUUGGAGAGUUCCUGGAUGGGGAUAAGGUUAAAGUACUGCCAAAAUGUAAGCAUGGGUUCCAUGUGAGGUGCAUAGACAAAUGGCUGCUGUCACGCUCUUCCUGCCCCAAUUGUCGCCAUUCCUUGCUUCAACAUAAGACAGGAAAUAAGGAUGUCAUUCCUCGGCCAGCCACAGACAAUGGCAACGUAGGUCAAGAGGGAAGUUGA